GAGAGAGAGAAAAAAGAAAGUCACAGCAUUAUUGUUUUUCCAACCCAGAACGCGAAAACCAAGACACACCUCAGUCCUCCCUUUGGCGCUGAGUCGAUGCUGUCGAUAGGCAAUCAGUUGCAUUUUACUCUUAGAGCCUUCUUGUCUGGAGAUCGAUUUUAAGUUAAGACACACCGCAUAAGUCCAAGUAUCACCACUGUCUCCAGACAUCAGGCACCCAAGUCCCGCAGACUACCUCGGUCCACCACUCUCUCUCAUCGUCAUGUACGCCAGUUCCGCAUCAGUACAGGGGUCCAUAAACGGCCUUGGUAGCGACCUCAUUGAUGGUUCUGGCACCAUCAACCCCGCAGCUCUCAAUAAUCCAGCCACCCUUCACUCCUCGCCUUUAGCCGCCCCAGCCUCUAGCACGCCAACAAGUGACGCCCAUAUCAACGCUACGGCCACAAGUAUUCCCGCUGCUGAUAAUGCUCACGCAAACAGUCCUACUCUCACGCGAGGCAUCAAACGCGGCCGUUCAGCCGACCCAUACGACGAACAGCACGGUGAGCAUGAAGCUGUUGAGGAUGGUACGUCGGCUACAUAUGAGCAAGUACGUCGUAAGCGAGGGAGACCCCCCAAACAUUCGCGACCGUCUGGCUCGACCCCGACCUCAAGCCCAUUAGCCUCCCAAAAACAAACCAAAGGCCCACUCACCCAACAGCCACAAACUCCGCAGCUGUCGGCACAGAGGCUCCCAACCAUGGCCGGCACACCUGUUUCGCAAUCAUCUCCUCCUCCCAGACCAACGCCAACGAAACCGGUCAUCAAAGCGUUGCCCACUGUGAGAGAUCAUACGACCGACCAGUUAAGUCCGGAUGGUGACGAGUAUAUACCCAAGGAAUUUGACGCGAGUGGUGAGAAGAAAGUGGAUACACUCGGAUAUCUUCAGGAUGGUCGUACCUACAAAUGCAGAACUUUCCGCGUGUAUAAUAGGGGGGACAAGCUGUUCAUGUUGGCUACGGAAUGUGCUCGAGUCUUGGGAUAUCGUGACUCUUACCUGCUCUUUAAUAAAAAUCGGUCGUUGUUCAAGAUAAUCGCUAGCCAGGAGGAAAAGGACGAUUUGAUCAGCCAAGAUAUCCUUCCAUAUUCAUAUCGAUCACGCCAGAUUGCAAUUGUUACCGCGAAGUCAAUGUUUCGCCAGUUUGGUAGUCGGGUUGUCGUCAACGGUCGACGAGUUCGCGACGAUUAUUGGGAAAGUAAAGCAAGAAAACAAGGCUUUACAGAGGAAGACUUGGCGGGAGAGAAGCGACCGGGAGGGGCUAAGGCAAGAGAAGCAGCUGAAGCUGCCAGUGCGGGAACUCUUCCGGCCCUUGGCCACGGGGAUGUGAUUUAUAGCAACGCUCCCCCUCCAGACGGCUUGGUUCAUGCGCCUGGAUUGCCACCCGGUCUGGCAACGACUUUAGCCCCCCUUCCGAUGAUAAAUCCUGUCCCAACGGAUGAUCCGCGGAUGAGGGAGUAUAGCACUAUACCGCGAGCUAGACAGGAACUUACGGGACAGCCUUAUCAGGAUCGCAUUCAAACUACGGCCACAUCCGAGUUGUUAACCCAAGCAACGCACACAACCGAUUUUAGCAAAGCCUUGAAUCAACAACGAGGAUUCCGUGGGAGAGGACUGGAGGAUAGCUGGUUCAAGUCGCGUGAUUUGCCGACAUCAGAUCAGGGUCUACCAUCCCUCUCCGGCCAGAUCGAGCCAAAUUUAGCCUCUUCCCAAACUCUCCAGUCUCCACAGUUGACUUCGUCCGGAAUGCUUACAUCGACCCCGAUAACACAGCAGCCACAGCGUGUGCUCACCCCUCAGUCUUCUUUCCCUCAAUCUUCAAUGACACCAUCGAUCCGCGGAGUAUCUCAAGGUAUAAGGCCCGAACAGUUACAUCACCGCGCUCCCCUAUCGUCUGCGAGUACGAGUCAAGCCUCGCUGUAUACGUAUGCCCAGCCUCAGCAAUUGUGGGGUCAGCCGCCCGCUCAACCCAUGGGAGCACCCCAGUUUAACCCUCAGGUUCAUUCCCAGCAGUCGCCUUCUCCCCAUUUACCGUCACAUCAAUCGCCGCGGCAUUUAAGUCGUCCCGCUCAGUCUCCUCAAUUGCAUUCUCAGUCCCAGAGCCAUGGUCAGCAAAAUCUUGUCGCAGUUAGUUACACUGGCACGACAGGAGCUGCGUACCCAUCAAUGCCUGCUGCAAGAGGAGCUUAUUCCCCGACAAAUCCAAAUAUGGGCCAGUCUUAUCUCGCGGGUCAAAAUCCACAACCAAAUGUAGGCCUAGGGAUGGUUACAAGUGCGACACUUCCUGGUUGGUCAUCAACUACUACUGGUGGUCCUUUACACUCCGGCCAAUCUCAGGGAGGCCCUACACAGAGCGGGUGGCCGAAUACAUUCUAAGAGAGACACGAAUUCUUAUGAUUCAUUUCCUAGAGUCUUAUUUAUUUUUAUUUUUUUAUGAAUGCACAAAGCAUAGGUGUUGGAAUUGGCAUAUAUACAGAAUGCUGGGUGGUGAUGUGUCUUUCUAUUUGCACUCUGUCUGUCUUCGGCUAAAUUGGAAAGUUCUCCUAAUUCCAUCCGGUUCUUUGUCUUCUUGAAUUGUUUUAAAUUGACUUAUUCCCCCCUUUUGCUUGUGCAUUUUCUGUUCAUACCGGGUAAGGUUUGAUUUUUUGCAUGAGAAUCACUUAAUUUUUUUUAUUUCUCUUUUAUAUGUAUAUUUUUUUUUUUUUUUUUUUACUUUUAUUUUAUUUCUCUUACUAUUGCGCUCUUUGGUUGAGCUUUAUUCAUGCCCUAGCCCCAUUUUUCUUGCAUAAGAAGCUGGGGGAUGUUGUAAUUAAUGUCUUCUCAGCUCUGUAUAGUUAUGUAUGUAUCCUUUUUCAUACCCUGA